AUGACGAGUGGCCUGUUUCGAGAGCUCGAUAAUCACACUCUUGAGCAUACAGCCAUUUCCAAGGAUCUUCGUCAAGGGUCGCCGUUCCUGCACGCGAUGACUUUCCUGACAGAGACAGCUUCGAUUACUGCCAACAAGAUGGUCGAUAUGACCAAGCAGUACGGUUCGUCCUCCGCCCAGAAUCACACGGCCUUCAAUAUCGCUUUCGAUACUGACCUACCUUUCUAUGCUUACUCCAGUAAAGACCCAAAACUCAGUACUCAGCUGGCAGGUUCGAUGAAGUUCUUCGGGGUUGGUGGAGAACUCCAUCUCAAGCAUCUUGUCAAUGGCUAUGAUUGGGAGAGCUUGGGUGAUGCAAAAGUCGUCGAUGUCGGUGGUUCACAAGGUCAUGCCAGCAUCGCCUUGGCAUCCACGUUUCCAAACCUAUCCUUCAUUGUUCAAGACCUACCAGAAGUCAUUGAUCGAGCCAAGAAAUCCCGAACGACGAGCCCACCGGACCCAGCCGUUGCUUCCCGUGUCUCAUUCGAAGUGCACAACUUCUUUCAACCACAACCACCAUCGUCUCAUAGCGCAGAUGUCUUCCUUGCACGGCUUGUCCUCAAUAACUGGCAUGACAAUGAAGCUGCGUCCAUUCUAUGCAACCUCGUGUCGGUCAUGAAACCUAGUGCUAGAAUCGUAAUCAUGUCUGCAGUGCUUCCAGAUCCAGGCGCAGUAAACCUGCGCGAGGAAGCAAUCGAGAGGACUAGGGAUAUGUUCAUGAUGCAAGCCAUGAACGGAACAGAGCGAGGACUUUUGGAGUGGAAGGAUCUUUUCAAGCAAACAGAUCAGAGGCUAAUCCUGAAGAGGAUGACAAAACCUGAGGGAAGCAAUUUGAGCGUGCUUGAGGUUGUCCUGGGGGAGGAGACCUGA